GGAAGGAGCCGCGCCGUGAUGACCGACAGUGAGCGGAGCUGCAGCCCGUGACGCCCGACGUUUCCUCCACCCAGCCGGGUAGAUAUCUCAGCGCAGCGCGGUGGGAUCGCUGGAGUCUUGGCACACACACACACACACACGCACACACACACACGCUCAGAAACUGCCUCCGUCUCUCCAGAGUGCACUUGGAGACUAUUCCUCCAAGGCUUCUCCUUCUCUCCAUCUGGGGAAUUGAGAACUUCGUAGGGAGCAGACCGCUGCAGGCGGAGGAUAAACGGACCCACGGAUCGGUGUCCGCCGGCCGGCUGCGCGUCUUUCUGCGGCGCGCAAAGAGGAGCUGCUGCAAGUGUUCCCGUCCCGCCUCACUAGUCCAGUACUCGCCCUUUCCCCGAGCCCACUGGACCGGGCGUCCCGAACACGACCAACAUGGUUCUCCUGGGGUUCCUGCUCGCUCUUCUCCUCCCAGGUGUGAUACUUUCCACAUCCCAGAUAUUCCCCUUCUCAGCUCCAGUGACCGACUGUGUUGAAGCUCACCGUGUGUGCUCCACUGACCCGCAGUGUGAGGCGCUGUACCGAGGCUUGGAGCUGUGCGCGGUCGAUGCGGCAGUCGCACCGCUAGGGGAGCAAGAAGCAUCUGAGUGCCUGGAGAGACAGGACGCCCUGUUGGCCAAACACCCAUCACUUCUGGCCUGCAAGUGCCAGCGUGGCUUCAGGAAGGAGGAGCGGUGCCUCCGCAUAUACUGGAGGGUUCGCCUCCUGCCAGGAAGGGAGGAACUGGAAAUAUCACCUUAUGAUGACUCCAUGAUUGACUCUCGCAUGGCCUCUUUAGUGUCCGGUUCGUCCUUCAUGCAGCUGGAUGGUGAGAACCAGUGCCUGAAAGCAGCUCAGGAUUGCGGCUUGUAUGAGAAGUGCGGUGCUCUUCGAUCAGAAUAUGUGUUGGCCUGCACAAAGCCAAUACCCAACACCAGCCGAUGCAACCAGUACAAGUGCCACCGGGCCCUCAGACGCUUCCUGGAGCGAGUACCAGAGGAAUACAGCCUCGGCGUCCUAUUCUGCCCCUGCACCAACACCCUGUGUGGAGAGAGGAGGAGAAAAACCAUUGUACCCUCCUGCUCCUACCAGGAUGCAGAGAGUCUGCAGCCUAACUGCCUCCACCAGCAGAGCUUCUGUCGCCGAGACGACCUGUGCAGGUCCAGGCUUGCUGAUUUCCUCAGUAACUGCCAACCAUCUCAUCUGACAGCCAGUGGAUGUUUGAAAGACUCAACAGGCCUCUGCCUCCGAGCCUAUGCUGGCCUUAUAGGAACCAUUAUGACUCCCAACUACAUCAGCAACAACUCUGCUGACGUGUCGCUGUGGUGCAACUGUGAAGGCAGUGGCAACCAGUGGCAGGAAUGUCUGCGGCUGCAGCGGCUUUUCACCCACAACAGCUGCCUACGGAACUCCAUCAGCUGGAUGGGAAGCCCCGGAUUGCUGCCCUCUGACCCCACUCAGCUCCCCGCUCCCAGACCGUCUCCACUGGUCCAGAAGGACGAGCAGCAGAACAGUAACCGCCUGCCUGAGCUCAACAAUGAUGUGGUCGAGAGUGAGGAAGACGAGGAGUUGACACAGAUGGUGGAAGAGGAGGAGGCUGAUGAAGGUGGCCAGUUUGAUGUGAUCCCUUUGUACUCGGAGAGGGCCACCAUCUCCAACCUGGGCUCAUCUGAAGCAGGGGGCGCUGCAGCGCCCAGCGCCAGCCCCACUAAACUAGUACUGCUGCUCCUUCUGCUCCUAACUACUGCCCACAGCUGGGGGUAGAACAAUAUGUAGAAUAUACAUGUACAGACAUAUACACACUCGUACAUGUACACACUCACAUCAAAUGGUUCUGCAAAUAACACUGGUCUGAUUGCUGAAAGAGUUCAAGAAACAGUAGGAAGAAAUGAACUUUGCUUUUCUUUGUCAGAAGCAUCUUCUUUGUUCUUGACUCCUGUCUUUGUUUUCGUUCUUCACUCCAAACAUGACAAAUGGCACUUUUGAUUUAUUUGGCUCUGAUUGCAGCCACUGGGGGCAGAGGGUAUUCCACAUGCUACCUAUAACCAGUGAGCAUACUUCAACAUGUACUUAAAAUGAGGACACAGAUUUGUUUGAAGUCGGACUGACAGGAUCAGUCCAACUUCAAACAAGCAAUGGGAAGCAGCCAUCUGUGAAUGGCUGCUUCCCAUUAGCUUAAGUUAAACAUCAGAAAUCUGCUGAUGCGUAAGCAAGUAGCCAAAGCAAAGUGUUCACAAAAUGGCUACCACCAGCACUUUGCAAUUUGCAAACUUGGCACAUGUGCUUGAAAAUGGGUAGAAGAGUUUUUAAAGGUUUAGUAUGGAGCGAUUUAUUUAAUUUAUUUAAAAUCAGCACAUUGUGUAAAUUUGCCCUGAUAUUUAAGUAAUUAUCAUUCAGUUUUAAAUUCUAGUUACAGCUAGAAAACCAGGCAGGGUGUAAUCUUGUGUGGAGCUGUCUCUCCACUCCCCCAAAUGCAGGAGAAUAUAGAAGUCUGCCUCGGGGAAAUCACUUUUGAAUUCCUUAAAAUUAUGGCUUUUAAUUCCAAAAUGGGAACCUCUGUAUUCCAGUGAGCCGAGCAGGACGGCAGUGGGGCGAGUUAAUUUACCUGUGCUUCUGUAAGCCUAGAAUCAGGAAAAUGAAACCCUACAGCGAUGGACUUUUGGGUUUCAUUAGUUAUGUUUCCAUCCAGUUGUCAUGCAACUUUUGAGAAAACUUUCAAAUUCUUAUAAAAAAUUAAGAAAAACCAAAUAGGUAUGGCCAUAGAAAUAUUUCAGUUUCGUUUCUGGUAAGGCAGAGUAACGGUGGCCAAAGAAGACACAGCAGUUUCAGAUUUUCAUUUAUUUAUUUUUAUUUUUGUAUGAAAGCUGAAUUGUAUGGGAAGAGCUAUUGAUGGUGUCUGUCUAAGAAGAUUUUUUUGUCCAUCCCAAAAUGAAUGGAAUAAAAAACAUGUGAAAGCUCAUAAAAUCAAAUAUUGUCAUAUCUUUAGUGUAGAAUUCAUUUGUCCCACUGCAUAAGUAUUUUAAUUAGUUCAUUUUUAUUAAUUAUUUACAUUGAUAAGAUAUGAAUUUUGAUGCAAUAAAUGACCUUUUUGUUUUGUACAUACACAAGUUUCGAGUGUAGUCUAUGUAUUCAUGUGUUUCUGCUACGCACAAGCAACACAGAGACGCUUUGCCCGGCCCAAUGGGGUUUUCAUUUUUGCUUCAAAAACCGAUCUGAUUGGACGCUGGAAAAGACUGUAGUUGUGUUAAAGUUUUGCUAAAAGAAGUUAGCCUUUCAACAAAGCUAUUCAAUCCUAAAAUAGCCUCUCAAUGCUAUACAUGUAGCCACAGCAGAUGCUAUCGCUAAUGUCAGCUUCUAUAGAAGCUCCAUGAAUGAUCAGGAGUUCCUGAAAUGAAUAGAAUAACACUUUGCUACAAUCUGAUCAUUGGAAAAUGUAAAUAAUAAAUGAAAAAAACUAUAAAUAUAUUUGUUGCUGAGCUCACAUGUUUAUUUAUUCUGUAAUUUAGCAGCAAAAAGGGGUUUCUGACGUGAAAUGCUAACUGUUUUGUCAGUAUAUAGUCUUCAAUUAAAAUGCAAUUACCCUGGAAUUAACUUCAUUAAAAAUUUGAAUCCAGUCCCACCACUAGUUUAAACUCAUGCAGAUAAACUGGUUUAUAAGAGGUCGCAUGUGAAACCCCACAGCUUCGGUCAGAGCCUGUUGUUGGUCCCACUGAGUGUGAAUGGGUCACCCUAAACAUGACUGAGAGGGACGGGGCCACGGGGGGUUAAUGCUCAUGAACUCUGUUGCAGUGAUAUUCUGAGUUCUCUUGACUCUCCAGCCAGCAUGAGUGACAAACGCUCAAUGUGUGAUGAGCGUAAGGCAGCAGGCUGGUGAUCUGUGUGUUUGUGCGCGAGCAUUCAGGCAUCAAACAUGCAAAUGUCCUUUGUUAUAAUUUGACUCUAGCACUUCAUCAUUCCCACCCACGUCAGCACUGAAAAAAACAUGCAUACACACAUUUGCACACACAGUCCCCCCGCCAUCCCUCACACGUUCAGCCGAUGCAGCUCUUUCUGGCUUUAUUGCUCUAUUGCUGUCCCCGUCGUCCUCCCAUGUGAUGCAGGACCGGGGCCCCGGCCGCUACAGGCGCCGAUAUGAAUUAAGCCGUCAUAAUAAAAACAAUACACAAGAAACAAUAUGAGCUCUAAAAUAAAAUGGCAGAACAAAUCAAAU